CGCGCAGGCGCGUGUGACCCUUUCCUCAGCUGCCGCCAAGGUGCUCGGUUCUUCCGAGGGAGCUAAGGCCGCGUUGGGGUGAGGCCCUCACUUCAUCCGGCGACUAGCACCGUGCCGGCAGUCCGCAACAUGGCCUCCGUCUCCGAGCUCGCCUGCAUCUACUCCGCCCUCAUCCUGCACGACGACGAGGUGACGGUCACGGAGGACAAGAUCAAUGCCCUCAUUAAAGCAGCUGGUGUCAAUGUUGAACCCUUCUGGCCUGGCCUGUUUGCAAAGGCCCUGGCCAAUGUCAACAUUGGGAGCCUCAUCUGCAACGUAGGGGCUGGUGGGCCUGCUCCAGCAGCUGGAGCCGCACCAGCAGGCGGUCCUGCCCCCUCGACUGCUGCUGCCCCAGCUGAGGAGAAGAAAGUGGAAGCAAAGAAGGAAGAAUCUGAGGAGUCUGAUGAUGACAUGGGCUUUGGUCUUUUUGACUAAACCUCUUUUGUUAACAUAUCCAAUAAAAGGAUGAACCUGUAA